AUGCUUCCCUCCCUUCAACCUCGACACGGCCAUCUCCACACUGUCAACAUCAAGUAUGGCUACCUCGUGCUCGCAUUGACCGUCCUCCAGGCACUUGCCGCCUGGGCCCUGUUCCAUGCCUACCACCGCCAAUGGCGCCAGUCUGGCACUCCCCUCCAUCGACUCGCUGCCAUCGUCAAAAUGCCAGUUUGGGUGACGAUCUCAGUAUGGACCGUCUUCAUUGCCUCCAUCGGAGUGUACCACAUCGAAGACCUUUCCGAACACUAUCCCACCGUGGCCAAGCGCUACGGGCGCAUUGCCUACGCGUUGCUUCCGUUCAACAUCUACCUCGUGUUACGUCCCACUAGCGCCCUGAGCCAUCCGUGGGGCUACUACCUCCAGCAGCUUCCGCUCCACAAGUGGCUCUCUCGGCUUAUCUUCGUGUGCGUGGGGGUUCACGCGGGCUUGUUCUUUUACAAGUGGACUGUCCAGGGCACCUUGGGCAAGGUUUUCCAGGUGUGGAACUUGAUCGGGGUGGUUGUUUUCAUGGCGGUGGCCGUGGUGCUGGUGGUGUCGGUGCGGUAUCUCCGGUGGCGGUACUACCGGGUGUUCUACGUGAGCCACAACGUGAUGGCAUGGCUGUUUGUGGUGGGCAUCACUCUCCAUGCUCGCCCCGGGGUGUUGCCGCUCGCAGGGGUGUGCGUGGUGUUGGUAGCGGUGCAGGCGUACCACCGGUUCGCUGCAUACACGGUGACGGACGCCGACGUGGAGGUGGUGCAGAACACCGCGCUCUCGUCGUUGCAGCUUGUGCGCAUCAGACAGCCUGCCAACUUCCCCAAGUAUCUCCCAGCAUCGCACAUCCGCGUGGCCUACCCUACCGCCAGCUAUUACGCGUGGCUCACCCCCACCCAUCCCUACACAUUGGCGUCGUUGGCCGAUGAUGACUCCGGCACCCUCGAGUUGGUGGUCCGCAAGUCGUCGCGCCUCGAGUUCAACCCCACCGCCCCCAAGUACGCCCUCACAGGGCCCUACACAUCGCUUCCUCCGCCAUUUUUCUCCUCCGCGAAGUCUGCAGACAUUGUCUGCGGCGGCAGCGGCCUCUCGUUGGGGGUGCCGCUCUACCGCCAUUUCCGGUCCCAGGGCAUUCCCGCUACAUUGGUGUGGUGUGUCCGCAGCAAGUACGACCUCCAUGUGUUGCUGCACAUGGCGGGCGUGGACGGCAUCAGGAUAUAUGUCACUGGCGCAGACGGCCCUAUUUUCAAGAUCGACGACGAAGACAACCACGGACUUCUCGAUGAGUCGGCAGAAAUCGAGUUGGCAGCGCUUUCGCCUACAGAUGCUGCCUACACGCUAGGCCGUCCCGUGCUAGAAGAGGUGUUGGGCCAGAACGCGGCCGAAAGCAACCACUGGGCAGUUUCGUGUGGACCCGAAUCGCUCAAUUCCGCUGUCAAGGCGUGGGCUGCGCAGCACCAGACGCACAGUUUUUCCGAGUUGUACCAGAUGUGA